AGGACGGCGCCAUGGGCCGCGUCCUGCGAACCCUCUGCUUCCUCCUGCUCGUCACCUCCUGCCCCUGCGCCGUCAUCACGGGGGCCUGCGAGCGGGACCCGCAGUGCGGCAGCGGGACCUGCUGCGCCGUCAGCCUCUGGCUGCGGGGGCUGCGGAUGUGCACCCCCCUGGGGCAGGAGGGGGACGAGUGCCACCCCUUCAGUCACAAGGUCCCUUUCUUCGGGAAGCGCCAGCACCACACCUGCCCCUGUUUACCCAACUUCAUCUGCUCCAGGUUCCUCGACGGCCGCUACCGCUGCUCCCUCCACUUCAAAAACAUCGAUUUUUAGGGCGAUGCUCCCGGC